AUGAAGUAUAAAACAACAACAAAAACAACAAAAAGAAAGUUACAUAAUAAAAAUAUAAAUGAACAGCAGCAGCAAUAUCAACAACAACUUUAUCAUAGUAAAGAUAAAUUUACUACAGAAAACAAUAAAAUCUUUGCCAAAAAAGUAAAAUAUAAGAAGUUUUUGUAUAAAACACAAGAACUCAAGGAUCAACAACAACAAGAGCAUCUUCAUAAAACCAUAGAAAAGUUAGCACUAUUGCGUACUGUUGAAAAGGAUGAGGAUACUAGUGAGAGUAGCACCAUAACUACGACAACAUCACCAAAUUCUUAUGAAGCUGAGGAUGAAAAUGAAAGUGAAGAAACUCGUCGUGGUUACAAAAGAAUGCCGCGUCCAAAUGAAAAUCUCUUACAAGUACAAAAUUUCUUGAAUUGUUUUAGUAAACAUAAUUUAAUAACAACAACGACUACUUCUGAUAUUGCAAUAGCAGCAACAACAACAACAAUAUUUACCAAUUGUAAUGCAAUCACAACACUGACCAGAAACAAUACAAUAACAAAGUUUACUAACAGUAAUGCAAUAACAACAUUUGCACAUGAUAAUGCAACAACUGCAUUUACUUACAAUACCGCUACAACAACAAAUGUAUACAAAACUGCCAGAACCUUAAGCACUCCCACAAAAAUCUUUGAAGAAACAAAUUAUGAGAAAAAAUAUUUCAAUGAAAAACAAGUUGAAAUUCUGCAUACAAAAAAUAAUAAAAAAAAAAUUCCUAAUCAAGAUAAACCUAUAAUGUGUAUGGCUGCAUCAGUUCCCAGUGCAACAACUACAACAAGUGAUUUAAGCGAACUAAACUCAUCAAACGCUACGCUGCGCAGUUGGCGCAACAUGAAAAAAGCAUAUAUACAUUCAAUUACAGGAACAUCAACAACAAAUGAUAUUAAAGUUAAUAGCACAACAGCAGUAGCAACAGUAACAGCAGCAGCGGCACCACUGACUUUGAACGCCUCGAUAACAACACCAACAACUUCCACUACAACAAAAACAAGUGCAUUUUCUAGUAAAGCAAAUUCAAUGACCACAAAGCCUGCAAAGUUUACAAUAUCACCAAAAUUCUUGCACAAACCACGCAACAAGCUGAAAACAUUUUCAUUAGCAACAAAUGUGCCUACACAUGUUGCAGUUGAGAAAGACAUAUUGCAACAACAAACACAACAAUUAUUCUAUGAAGAUUCAAAUGCUAAGUUUAAAGACUUUUCAAUAGAUUCAUUGCUAAAUAAAUAGAAAUAAUAUAAAUAAUAAUAAUAUAAUAUUAAUAAUUUUAGGCAUUGCAUGUAAAAUAUAUUAUAUGAAUUUAUAAAAAGAAUUGAAUAAACAUUUAACAUUGACAUAGAAAUAACGAUAAAACGAUCUGAGUU